AUGGGAGGAGCAGGGAUGGCCACUGACUCUGAGAAACUAUGCCAUGAACUCUUAGAGGAGCAGGGCAAACAAAUGCAUUGGGGAGAUCCUCGGAAUUCAGCAAAUCAUGCCGUGGAGCAGGGACAGAAUGAGCCACAGGGAGAACCAUCACUUUCCGAACUGCCUGAGCCGUCCCAAAAAUACCCGGGAAUCAUGUUGCUCAUAGGGAGAAAGCACAAGAAUGCUGCCUUACAGCAGCUUUGCAAAGCCAGAUACCACAGCACCAAUGACCUUGGGGGGCUGGCUGCCUCCCAGUCGCUGCUGGAACGGUGGGCGGCCAUCAGAUCAGCGUCAAGUCUGCCACGGUCCAUCCGCCCCCGCGUCAUCAUCGUCACCAGGGGCGGGGCUGUGAUGGGGAACAUUCUCGAGGAGAAUCAGUUUAUUGACAAUCUCUUCCGUCCGGACAGUACCUCCCGCCUCCUGUCAUCCUUUGCGGAUGUGCGGUUGUCCCAUCUUCAGCCCGCCGAGCUUUCUCCUGAGGCCCAAUAUCUUGAUCUUCAAGGAGACAUGAUGGAGGAGCUGCACGCAGCCAGGCGGGUUGAACAGUUUGAGGGCUCAGAAGAUGAAUUCAUGAUCAAGAAGUGCCUUCCAUGCAAAGAGCUUACCUGCUUGAAGGUGAGGGUGAAACCAUCUACCGCGGGUGUUCGGAUAAUCAGUAUUGAUGAAGAAGGCAUCCAUGUGAUCAUGCCCUUGAAUGUCCUUGAAAUGAUGCAGGCUUAUAUUCCCCAUCUGCCGCUUCACUAUCUGGUUGACUUCUGGGGUGGAACAAGCACAGAAGGCAAUGUCGCACUGAACAUGAGGGUCUGUCAACAUGAUGUAAAGGACACAAAGUCUGCUUGUCUGAAGCAGAUGAAGCUUUUCUUUGAGAAGAACCAAAAGGUUGGAAUCACAAAACCACAUCGCCUGGUGAAGGCCCUGUGGGCAGAUGGUGUAUACAAAAGCAAGAACAUAGAUAGUGUUUACAUCCACCACUUCAGACCCACACUGCGGAUGCGCAACACCCCACGAUCAAAUAUAUCAGCCUGGAAAGUGGCCAUCAUAACCAGCACCAUUGGCGACAGAGCCCCAGUCCUGAUUAUGAAUUAUAACAGGUAUCAAUAUGCCCAAACCAAGAGUGAUGAUGAUCCGCUUGUCUGGCAGGUGCGGGUGACCACAGCCGUUCCAGAGGUUGGGAGUCUUCAGAAUGGCGGCACUCAUCCACACAACAACAACAACCCAGUUCACAUGGCGCUGUCAGAAGCCCAGCACCUCUGGCCCACAACAAAACCAGAUGUUGUGAUCUCGCUAGGUACGGGGUCACAGUCACUUGUGCAGUCAUCAAAGACAUCCAGCUUCCAGAAUUUUAUGCGUAUCAACUUUCCAUUUUCAGGAGCACCACCGGCGAUGAACGAUGCAGACGCCACGGAAUCCAUGUCACAGUGGGUGCGGAAGCAACCCCGGAAAAGGAUAGAAGAAGCACUCAUCCUGCUACUGGUGUCGUGCUUCUACUUCAUAUUGGACGCCGUGCCAGAUUUCCAUUCUGGUCUAUUCUACUGUGUUGGCUCCCUUCAGUGCCGCGCGCCACCGCGGCCUAUCAUCCAAGCUUUGUUAUCAUUACACCCCACCACUCUCUGCUUCUACAAAGACAGCUUGAACUUAGGCUUCUGCCUAACGGAGGAGGAUAUAUGCGAAUCUUGCCAGCGCUACUGCCGGCCGGUUCGGUUCUGCGUUCGAGAUCUCAAGGAGACAGUCACCCUCGCCCUGUGUCGUGAUGAUGCUAUACAUGAAGUAAGCAUGUUCCCAAACACCAUCCAGUGGUUUAUUGACCAGCAGGAUCUGGAGAGUAAUUUUGGACUCGAGAACCAUGGUGUUCCAUUUCACAUUCAGUGCACAGCGGCAUUUUACAGGCCGGCCAUCCUCAUGACCAUGAAUGAGCCAACAGGAACCAUUGCCACCAUGCAUGAUAAAGCACAACAUGGGAAUCUGGCAAACGUGACUGACUUUGUUGUCAAUUUUCUUCAUGAAAACCUUCGAAGAAUCGCACCGAGUGCUGGCAUCCAGCAGGAAGUCAAAACUGCCUUCCAGCCACCCAGGACAAGCCAGGCAUUAUUCAUAACACUCGGAGGAAGUAUUGUUGUGUUUGGCAGAGUCUCAGCAACUCAAGACAUCAAUGAGCUACGAAACACACUGGUCGAGGAAGUCACCCAGAAGGCUGUUGCUCAGGGAGGACGUCGCAAGGGAUUUGCAUUUGCAACCUCAAGGGGUGGAGGUCUGAAGUGUCAGUUUUUUGAGGUUCGGGGUGCGGCGGAUUUUGAUCCCAUACCUAAUGAGCCCUUGGAUUUUGAUGCUGAUGAAGCAAGAAUUGUGGCGAUUUUAGAGCACUGCUUAGAGUAUUUUAAUGUCUAA